UACCGACUGAAGAGGCCAGAGUCGGCCCUCAGUCUGGCUGAGAAGUUUCUAGAUCGUGAGCAGAUCGUGGCUCUGUGCGAUCUGCUGGAUCGUUACCUCCAGGAGGACGCCUCUGCAUUUCCCCUUGACGUCACCACCACGACCACCGGAUGUGCAACCAGUCUGCGACGCCACGAUAAUCUUGCCCGCCUUCUAACUCGUCUGCCCGCCGAUCUCCAGCUCGCGAAUUACGCUCUUCAGGCGGCACAAGAUCUCUACAGCGCUGGAUUGGCCGAAGGCGAACUCCUCGGACGUCGACGCACUCUGCUCAGCCUCUCCAAGCUCGCUCAGAUUGCCGGCGAUGACAAGACUGCGCAGAGGCGGCGAAUGAUGGCCUCUGACAGCGAUCAACACCGUUACUUUAGAGACGACGCCAAUGCAUUUCCCAGUCCCUUCUCUGUUGUUGCCAAUGAACGAUCAGCGAAGCAACCUGAAGACAACCGCAUGAAGACCACCCAGCUAGAAAAUAUUGACCUUCACCUCGAGGCACUCGGCUAUCAGGUAGGAAGCGUUGCAUUUGCACUGACGACUCGUAUUAUUUGCCUCCCGAUGUUGGCUGUGCUGUUGUAG